AUGGCAAGCACAUGCAAAUUCGUUCUUGGAACAUGGAAAUUUAGAUACAACUUCUAUUCUAUAGCAGGGCUCCUCCUCUUAGGCUUUGUUUUUGCUGCUCUUUAUCUAACAGAGAACAGUAAAAGCUUCCUGGAAGAGGAGACAUGGCCUAAUGAUUCUGUUCCUCACUGUGAUUUGUUCUCAGGCAAAUGGGUUUACGAUAACGUAUCUUACCCUCUGUACAAGGGGAAACAAUGUUCUCUCAUGGAGGACGAUUUUGCGUGUGAGAAGUACGGUAGGAAGGACUUGAAUUAUCAAAAAUGGCGAUGGCAACCUCAUGAUUGCGACCUUCCAAGGUUCAAUGCUAAUGCACUGUUGGAGAAGUUAAACGGGAGGAAACUAGUAUUUGUAGGGGAUUCUUUGAACAGAAACCAGUGGAUAUCAAUGGUGUGCCUAAUUGAGUCAUCGAUCCCUCCAUCAUCAUUUAAAUCCUUAAUCAGGAAAGGAAAAUUUCUCAUCUUUCAGGCCACUGUAAGACAAAAUUUUCUGUUCUUGAAAUUCAGUUUUUCACAGUUUGUUUUCUGAUAAUUAACUCGUCUACAAUGACCAUAAUAUUCUUGUUAAAUUCACGAAGGACAACAAUGCGACCGUCGAAUUCUAUUGGUCUCCUUUGCUGGUUGAAUCUAAUUGCGAUGACUUAGUACACCAUCGGGUGCAAACUCGUAUAGUUAAAGUUGAGGCGUUGAAAAGCAUGGUAGGCAAUGGACAGAUGCAGAUAUACUUGUAUUUGAUUCCUUUAUGUGGUGGUUGGAUCCGAAAUUGAC